AUGACUACAUUUCUCAAGCUUCUAGACCUUGUGGCACCACAUAUACAGAGGAAAGACACUAUAUCACCAAGGGAUAGACUUGCUGCAACUCUCCGGUAUUUAGCAACAGGAAGGUCUUACGAAGACCUGAAAUUCAGCGUAGCAGUAUCACCACAAGCUUUGGGAUGCAUAAUUCCAGAAACUUGCGAAGUUAUAUGGAAGGUAUUAAGGAAAGAAUAUAUGAAGUUCCCACAUUCGAAGGAGGAAUGGUUCCCGAUUGGUCAAGACUUCGAAGAAAUGUGGCAGUUCCCUAAUUGCCUGGGCGCUGUAGACGGGAAACACGUAGCAAUUGUUCCUCCCCCUAAUUUAGGAUCUUUCUUUUACAAUUACAAAGGAUUUCACAGCAUGGUUUUCAUGGUAGUCGUUAGCGCAAAUUAUGAAUUUAUAUUGUGUGACUUUGGCACUCAUGGGAGAAUUUCGGACGGUGGUGUAAUUGAGAACACAAAGUUUGGGGAGAAGUUAGCCAACAACACACUGAAUAUACCAGAUCCCGUAAUAAUUAGGUACUCAAAUCGGACCUUGCCUUUUGCAUUGGUGGAUGAUGACGCAUUUGCAAUGAGACCAAAUUUUCUGAAGCCAUUUAGUCACACAACAGGAAAGAAGGAGGAACAAGUAUUCAAUUAUAGAUUGUCUCGUAGCCGCCGCAUUGUGGAGAGUACAUUCGGAAUAUUAGCUUCUAAAUUCCGCAUAUUCCAUUCCCCCCUAAAUCUCGAUGCAGAGAAUGCAGUUUCUGUGGUCAAGGCUUGCUGUAUGUUGCACAACUUUCUUCGGCGAGAGAGGGGUAACCGUAAUAACAGGGCCUGCAACAUCCUUUUUGAUACCCAGCUAAAAGAAGAAAUGGAAAAGGCAUUCACCCCAUUAGCUAUAGAGCGUAGACAUAUUACCUAUGAGGCAAAGGAAGUACGUAACUUGUAUUUGACGUACUUUAAUCAGGAGGGUUGGGUUGAUUGGUUGGAUGAUAAGAUGUAA